AUGCGGUACUACACGUCGCUCACUCUCCUCUCGCUCGUCGCCGGGGCAUUUUCCCAACAAUGUAUACUGCAGUUUGACAGUCGAGUUCCAGUCGGAACUGAAGUGGAGGCAUUCGAUGCCACCAACAACUUGUUCAAUCCAAAAAAUGUUGUCGGCGCAGGUUUGAGCUUCAGCCAGGUUCUCCAGUUGCCCAACGAAAACAGUUCGCCCUUUGAUGGCAAUGACAAUGUCGCUCUCGCGGUCACCAUCAGUGACCAGUCCAUCUUUAAUAACCAGACGAGUUUCCGACGUGCCGAGCUGAUUCCCAUCAGCAACUCGGGCACUGACGCAUCCACCGCUGGCGUCAAAACGCUCCACUUCAGUGUCCAAAAGGACGUCCAACGGCCCCUUAACCUCUCGCACGAGUACCAGCUUGCAUUCCUUGAGAGCAAUGACUUCAGCACGAACCAAGUCGUUCUCAAGACCGGAACCAUCCUGGGUGGCGCUCCCGAUGCUGACCCGGAUACCCUAACGCUCUUUGGCAACGUUAAUACCAAGCCGGCGCCCCCCGUUCUUCUCAGCACUCCCUUCACCGAGAACACAAUCCACAACUUCGCCGUCACCUUGGACUUCACCGCAAACACGGCACGGGUUUUCUACUCCACCGACAACAACGACCUGGAGGCGCAGGGUGAAGCUGUAGUCAACAACGUUAGUGGACAAGGACAGUACCAUUUCGGUCUUCUGAAGAAGCCAGUUGGCGGCCAGGGCGAUAUAUCCAAGAACGGCUUCCAGCCUGAGGGUAUCGAUGAGGCAGUCAUCUACAGCGGCAUCUUCCAAGAGGACAGCGCCAACGGCUGCAUCAGCCUGGCCCCGUAA